AUGGUUGCGGUCAAACAACAGCUCGUGAUUAAUGCCAAGCAGGGAGAAGUACCAUAUGCUGCCGCUCUUGCUAUUGCUUUCGGUGGUUAUAAUCCAUGCCUCUCCAUUACCUUUAACGAGAAGGAGCAAAUUGGUAUGAACAUUGAUGGCAUUGUUAUUAAAAAUGACGUAACCAUCGCGAGAGUUGUUUCGCAAAGCCUCGGCAUUCCUGAAUUCUCUGGGUCUACGUGUUUCGAAAGUUUGAAGAUCGACGAGCUGUUGACCUUAUGUGAAAAGGUUGUCGAUGGCUUUCUGAUAGAUGACGAAGUUGUAUCUUCGGUGCAGCUUACCAAAUCUGGCACUAUUUUUGAAGGGCGCGUUACUAUUGCGGAUGUUGCUUUAUGGAGCCUGAUUGUGAAGAAUCCAUCAUUGCAAAAGAAAUUUCCCGCGUUGUUCGAUGCUAUUGUUGAAGACCAAAGAUUUCUUGCUGCUCAUGCGAUGGUUGGGAAAUUUGUUGAUACCGCCAAAGUCGUGAAGCCAUCAGCAAAGGAGAAACAACGAGAUGAGGGCAAAUUCGUUGAACUGCCGGGAGCAGAAAAAGGAAAGGUGGUAGUACGAUUUCCACCAGAGGCUAGCGGAUACCUACACAUUGGACAUGCUAAAGCCGCUCUGUUGAACCAGUAUUACCAGCAAGCUUUCGAAGGCCAGCUGAUUAUGCGAUUCGAUGAUACCAACCCUGCUAAAGAAAACGCCCACUUCGAAAAGGUGAUAAAAGAAGACCUGGCCAUGUUGAACGUGGUCCCUGAUCGAUGGACUCACUCCUCCGAUUACUUUGAACUGAUGUUGCAAAUGUGUGAGAAACUUUUGCGAGAAGGUAAAGCGUACGUGGAUGACACUGACACGGAAACAAUGCGAAGGAACGCGAGGAACGCAUUGAAAGCAAAAAUCGAAACACCUCCAGAGGCGAACCUCGCGUUGUGGGAAGAAAUGAAGAAGGGAACAGAAAGAGGAUUGCAAUGUUGUGUGCGCAUCAAAAUUGACAUGCAGUCUAAUAACGGUGCAAUGAGAGAUCCAACAAUUUAUCGGUGCAAACCAGAAGAACAUGUACGUACUGGAAUGAAAUACAAGGUAUACCCAACCUACGAUUUCGCUUGCCCAAUUGUCGAUAGUGUGGAGGGCGUGACCCAUGCACUACGUACAACAGAAUACACUGACAGAGAUGAUCAAUACUACUUCAUCUGUGAUGCAAUUGGCCUUCGCAAACCAUACAUUUGGUCCUACGCACGUUUGAAUAUGACGAAUACUGUUAUGAGUAAGCGCAAACUGACGUGGUUCGUCAAUGAGGGGCUCGUCGAAGGCUGGGAUGAUCCGCGCUUCCCCACUGUACGCGGUGUUAUGCGACGAGGAAUGACGGUUGAAGGUCUGCGUCAGUUUAUCAUAGCCCAGGGUGGCUCGCGAUCGGUCGUCAUGAUGGAAUGGGACAAGAUAUGGUCGUUUAAUAAAAAAGUUAUCGAUCCUGUAGCACCAAGGUACACAGCUCUUGAAACAACGUCACUUGUACCAGUUUUUAUCUCCACUCCGGUGGUAGUCGAAGAAGUGCAAGUUCCUCUCCAUCCGAAAAAUGUCGACGUCGGGAAGAAGAGUGUCUGGCGCAGCGCAAAAUGUUUAGUGGAACAAGUUGAUGCCCUCGAAAUGAAAGCUGGAGACACCGUUACUUUUGUCAACUGGGGCAACCUCAAGAUUGUCUCAGUUGACAAGAAGAAAGACGUCGUUUCUGAGAUUCAUGCGGUCUUAGACCUUGCUAAUCAGGAUUUCAAGAAGACAAUGAAGGUGACAUGGAUUGCCGAAGCUGACGCACCCAGUGCGGCAUGCAUCCCGGUAAUGACUACCGAGUACGACCACAUUAUUAGCAAGGCAAUCAUCGGUAAAGAAGAGGACUGGAAGAAUUUCAUCAACUACGACUCAGUGCACUUUACGAAAAUGCUUGGAGAACCAGCUUUGCGAAACGUGAAAAAGGGCGACAUCAUCCAGUUACAAAGAAAAGGGUUCUACAUUUGCGACCAUGAUUACCAAGCGAGAAGCGAGUUCAGUGGAGUUGAGUCACCUCUUCUGCUCAUCUACAUUCCUGAUGGUCACGUGAAGGAGGCGCCAAGUAAAGUUAAACCGAGCAGUGCAGUGCCGCCCUCCGUAGAGAAGUCAGAUAGCGCUCUCGAGUUAUACAAAUCAAUUGAAGUGCAGGGAAAUACAGUGCGUGAGCUCAAGGCUAAGGAUCCGAAGGCUGAGUCAACGAAGUUAGCCGUUCAAAAGUUGCUUGAACUGAAGAAGUCCUACAAAGAGGCAACUGGUCAGGAAUAUAAGCCAGGACAAGCCUCCAGAGAGGCGUCCAAAGCCGCAAUCGCGACGCUGUUGGAGCUGAAGAAAGAGUACAAAGAAAAGACUGGUCAGGAGUAUAAGCCAGGCCAACCUCCUGCAGCUGGAUCAUCUCUUCCUAACGCUUCCCCCGACGGCAACGUUGACACGUCUUCUUUAUAUGCUGAAAUAGAGGCACAAGGCGAACUUGUUCGAAAUGAAAAGGCGAAAGAUGCUAAAUCGGAGGCUUCCAAGGCUGCCAUUGCAAAGUUACUCGAGCUGAAAAAACAAUACAAAGAGCAAACUGGUCAGGAGUACAAGCCCGGCCAGCAGAUUGCUCCUCCUGCAUCCAAUUCCUCCAAUGGAAGCUCUGAUGCCCUUGCUCUCUACUCGGAAAUAGAAGCUCAGGGAGACCUUGUUCGGAAGGAGAAAGCUAAAGACGCCAAAUCAGCAAGCUCAAAAGCUGACUCUCGUGGUGUUGUGGUGAAGAUGAAUCGAGGAGAUAGGACAGGAUUGCGUGAUUGCUGGCGAAGCCGAUUUCAAAACUACCUCGGAAAAUAUCAUAUUCUAUUAUCUAGCGACAUGCUCGACCGGUUUGUGGUACAAGAGAUUUUGGAAUCAAAAUGUGUUGCCGGUUUGAUAGUCACUGAUCCGGAGUCAAGGAUAGAACCUACAGAACCUCUCUCUCAUGACGGCGUUUGUCCGAAUCGUCACAGUGAUGUAUACGGAGACGAUGCUCUGGCUCGUAAAUGCAUGAAUGAUCGAGGUUUCGUUCUACCAGAUGGUCUGCGCAAUAUUGAUUGGAAGAUGCAGAUCUUAUACGUAUACAAUAAGACUCACGUUGACACUAUCAAGAAAGCAAGUUGUCACGAUUUAUAUAACGUACCAGGGAACGGUUCCUCUUCGGUGUCUUUUCCACUGUGUGCCGCAUCUUUUGGUGUGUUCAGCACGGCGGCUGGCUCCACCGAGAUUUGUUAUCGACGAAGCAAGCCUUGGUCACGUUUGCUUGAUCUGAGUAUCGAGAAUAGAGAUGAUUUGUGCAGUCCUCUGGUUGGUGUCAACAUUCUUUCUUAUCUUCCUCCUAAAGUCUACAAAGAGUCCGCUCCUGCACACACUGCAAGAUAUCUUAUGCUUUCUGCCAGGCUUGACAGCUUUGGACUGAUUCCUGAAAUAUCACCGGGAGAAAUCAGCGUUGUCACCUCUGUUAUUGCUCUCUUGGCAGCGGCACAGACCAUAGGAACUCAUUCAGAUCUUUUCGAGAAGGCGGCGAACAUUUCCAACCGCCACGUAAUUGUCGCAUUCUUUGAUGGGGAGUCAUUUGACUAUGUUGGAAGCAGCGAUGCCGCUUAUGAUAUGAUGAAGGGCGAAUUUCCGCGUAAAUUAUCAGAAAAGUUCAAAGCGCAAAUCGAUCCAGUGCUUGCUUCCCAACUUGAGGCUAUUAUUGAAGUACAACAGUUGGGAACUGGUGAUGGGAUUCGGCUGUAUGGUCAUGCUGAUGGACGUCAGUUCCAACGCGGAGAGCUAAAAGAUGUGCUGGAUUCGUUAUCGGCAGGAGCGAUUUCGGCAGGUGGUUUGCUGAUUCCUCCAACAGAGAGCUCUCGAAUGCCGCCAUCGAGCUGGCAUCCAUUCUAUCGAAUCGCUUCUUCUAUUCGUGGUGUUGUAUUGGCUCCAUUCAAAGAAAAAUAUGAAUAUCGUCGUAUUAACUCAAUGCUUGAUCGAGUCCAGUGGAAUUCAACUCAGCGCUCUGCAGCGAUAUCUGAAGUGGUGAUAGCGGCUAGUGCUUUGCUUCGAGCUGCUGGGGAUCAUGUGCGGUUAGACACUGGUCAAAAAUUGGCCUUACAAGUUGAUAAAGAAUUUAUAAAUACACUCUUCGAAUGUUUUAUCGACUCUCCUGAUUGGUUUUCAUGUGAUUUUUUCAAAAGACUAAAUGGAGGUCGACUUAAACCAUCUUCAGGAUUUUAUGCUGGAAAAUCUACUUAUGUCUCUGCUGGAUACCGCAAUCCUGUCCGCUUCUUCGUGGAAUGGUUAGCGAUUUAUGCGACGGGCUCAACAUCUUAUACUAGCAACGUGAAAGACAAAAACACCUGUGACGACUUGGGAGGAGAGCAAAAUGUGUAUAUUUACACGUGGCAAGCUGACCCUCAUACCGGAACAUAUUACUGUUAUCGUUCAUCCGUGGAUGUGUACCAAGUCAAUUCACCCGCCUUCAGAAUCCAAGAUUACGACUUUACUAAUCGAACGUAUUCUACAUGGACAGAAUCACUGUACAGUAUCGAUAACCUUCAGCUUUACUUGGUCGAGCAGGAAUCAUUUGAAAUGAUUAUGCUUUUUCUGGGAAUCGCUCUCUCUUUAAUCUCAUUUCUGAUAGUCGGUCGCUGCACUGAUGACUCUUUUAUUAUUGAUGAAGGAGAACGGCUUGCAAAAGAAGGGGAACCGUUGUGA